AAGUAGAUAUAUUUGCAAGCUCAACAUUGUGUGUUGUUUUCAUGCACAGUGCUACUAUAACUGUUGUAAUUUCUGCUCACAUUAUCUUACUUUAGAACUUGGAAACAAUAAUGAUAUAUUUAUUAGUUAAAUUAUUACUUGCAGUAAUAACAUUACAGUUUUGACAGGGCCUCCUUGCAACACUGAAUACUUGACCAUUUAAAGACUAUCCAACUAUUAGAGAAUAUGAGGGUGGUAAUACAGCGAGUGUGUCAGGCAUCAGUUAAAGUGGGAGAGGAGGUGAUCAGCUCUAUUGGUCGAGGCCUGUGUGUUCUAAUAGGCAUUCACAAGAAUGAUACCCAGGCAGAUAUUGAUUUCAUAGUUCGAAAGAUUCUCAACACCCGAUUAUUUGAAGAUGGAAAUGGCAAGCGGUGGCAACUGAGCGUUAAGGAUGCUGGUCUGGAGGUCCUCACAGUUUCCCAGUUCACUUUAUACUGCGAUUUGAAGGGGAAUAAACCAGACUAUCGUCAUGCUAUGGGCGGUGAAGCAGCACAAGCAUUUUAUGAAGACUUCUUUACUCAGUUGUGCAGGCAGUACACCAGUGAUAAGGUUAAAGGUAACAUUUUUUGUUAUCUUGGGCUCUUAGUAGUAACAUUGGCAUAGUAGGUUAGAAAUUUU